AGUGACCACAAAUUAACAUGAGCAAAUAUAAAGAUGGGUUCAUUUGAUUACGAUGGUCAUGCUUUCUUGUUCGAUGGGGCCUACUCCUUGCAUUGGACCCGAUGACCAAGAGUGUGGUGGACAUUCCCAACCAACUACCAGCCCUACGUGUGGGCACGGCAGGUACCUGGAGCUCAGAUCUUAAAAGUACCAUAUGUAAAAUUACCCGGUCUAAUCAUGCGAGGACUGAGAGAUCCCUUGCUUUAUAUCUCGACCACCUGAUCUCUUAUAACUUGAUCAAUUCCUUGUAUCUUGCCAUCUCAGUUGGCCUACACUUAACGGCUAAUCGGCUCUGGUAUGCGCCUCGCAGUAGUGCCCGCGGUGGUCCGGCUCAAAAAUCAUACAGGGUUCCUUCAUCAAUCAACCAGGGUAGAUAUGUCACCAAGCAAACACCUGAGGUGGCUGAUUGGCGAGUAUUUCUGCACGGUAGGUGCUUACCCCAGUUCUCAUUACCGACCAACCCCUUGUAUCCUUGCCCGGCAACCCACAUACCGCUUAUCUCGCUGCUGAAGAAGCGGAACCUAGAUCAGUAACUCACAAUGCAAAGCCACUGGCACGAGUUUCAGUGGCUUUAGCCAUUGCGCCCUGCACAGUACUUUGACUCCCUUGCAUC